AUUGGAACAACAAUAACAUUAACGGGAAAACAAAAAUUGCAGUACUCUCUAUGAGAUUCUCUUUAUUGGAACAACAAAAACAUUAAAAUUUAAAAAUCAACUUUUAUAAAUCAAACCAGAGAUAGUAUUAGUAUCUCUUUAUCUUCUGAAGAGUGAAUUUGAAAACAAUAUUCAUUCACUUGAAGAAGAAUGGCCAAAAAGUAUGAGGGACCGGCUAUUGGAAUUGAUCUGGGCACAACCUACUCCUGUGUUGCUGUAUGGCAGGAUCAAAACAAUAGAGCAGAGAUCAUACAUAAUGAUCAAGGGAACAAGACUACUCCUUCUUUUGUUGCUUUUACUAAUGAUCAAAGAUUGAUCGGUGAAGCUGCAAAAAAUCAGGCUGCUUCAAACCCAACAAACACUGUUUUUGAUGCAAAGAGGUUGAUUGGAAGGAAAUUUAGUGACUCAGUUAUUCAGAAUGACAUACAAUUGUGGCCAUUUAAGGUUGUGUCUGGAAAUGAUGACAAACCUGAGAUCAUUGUUAAGUAUAAGGGUGAAGAAAAACGCCUUUGUGCUGAAGAAAUAUCAUCUAUGAUUCUCAUGCAUAUGUGUGACAUUGCAGAGAAAUUUUUGGAGUCACCGGUCAAGAACGCAGUGGUUACUGUGCCGGCUUAUUUCAAUGAUUCUCAGAGAAAAGCCACAAAAGAUGCUGGUGCUAUUGCUGGACUCAAUGUAAUGCGGAUAAUUAAUGAACCAACUGCGGCUGCUCUUGCAUAUGGACUUCAAAAGAGAGCAAAUAAUGUGGGAAAACGAAAUGUGUUCAUCUUUGAUCUUGGUGGUGGCACUUUUGAUGUGUCUCUCCUCACACUCAAAGAUGAUAGCUUUGAUGUGAAAGCCACUGCCGGAGAUACUCAUCUUGGAGGAGAGGACUUUGAUAGUAGAAUGGUGAACCAUUUAGUGAAUGAACUUAAGAGGAAGAGUAAAGUGGACAUAAGUGCGAACCCGAGAGCACUUAGGAGGUUGAGAACUGCUUGUGAGAGGGCUAAAAGGACAUUGUCAUUUGAUACUGAGACUACUAUUGACAUAGAUGCUUUGUAUGAGGGAGUUGACUUCUAUUCUUUAGUCACUAGAGCGAAAUUUGAACAACUCAACAUGGAAUUGUUUGAAAAGUGUAUGGAGAUUGUGAAGAGUUGUCUUGCUGAUGCUAAGAUGGAGAAGAGUAGUAUAGAUGAUGUUGUCCUUGUUGGUGGGUCUUCUAGGAUUCCCAAAGUGAAGCAAUUAUUGCAGGACCUUUUCAAGGGGAAGGAAUUAUGCAAGAGCAUCAACCCUGAUGAGGCUGUUGCUUAUGGAGCAGCGGUUCAGGCUGCUUUGCUUUGUGAAGGUAUUAAGAAUGUUCCAAACUUAGUACUGCAUGACGUAACACCUUUGUCACUUGGUAAGUCAAAUAUAGGAGAUGUCAUGAGUGUUAUGAUUCCCAGAAACACUUCUAUUCCGGUUAAGAAGAAAAGUGAAUAUUAUACCGUUGCAGAUAACCAAUCUAUUGCCUAUAUUGAGGUCUAUGAGGGUGAAAGAAUGGUUGCAAGCGAGAACAAUUUGCUUGGCUGGUUUAAUCUCUCAGUUCGUCGUGCACCUCGUGGACUUCCCAUUCAGGUAUGCUUUUCUAUCGAUGCUGAUGGUAUAUUAAACGUGUCUGCAGAGGAAGAGACAAGUGGUAAUAAGAAAGAUAUUACAAUAACAAAUGAAAAUGGGAGACUGUCAAGCCAAGAAAUCGAGAGAAUGAUAGAGGAAGCUGAGCACUUCAAAUCUGAAGAUAUGAAGCAUGUGAAGAAGAGUAAAGCAAUGCGUGCUUUGGAUGACUAUGUUUAUAAUAUGAAGAAAGUAAUGAAUGAUAAUAGCGUAACUUCCAAGCUCACUGCUGUUGACAAGGUGAAGAUCAAUUCUGCAAUGACAAAGGGAGAAGACUUGAUUGAUGACAAAGAUCAAGAAACAUUUGUGUUUGUGGACGUUCUGAGGGAGCUUGAGAGCAUCUUUGAAUCAGCAAUGAAAAAGAUCAACAAAGGUUACUCCGAAGACGAAAGUGUUUCUGAUUUUUAAUGAUAGAUAUUUAUAUAUUUCAUUUCAGUUUUUAUGAAUUCUGUAUCGAAUGUUGGACCUGUUUGUUUUGUUUUCUGAAUUAUGUAUUUCAUUUUCUGCUCGAUGGUUACGUUCCAA